AUGCAUGAAUAUACGGUAUUGCUGAAUUAUCCAAACUAUGAAUACCCGAAUAGUAUCCAUCAAUGGGUUCGUGGCAGUAAUGAAUGGCGUGAAAUCAGUAAUGGAAUGGGUGAAAUUCGUGGCAACGAUAAAGCUAAAGCACAG